UUGAGCGCGCCACCUCGUACCGAAACCAGACCGCGCGUCGGGGCCAUGCCGCUGCGAUAGAAGACGAAGACCGCGCCUUGCGCUCGCGCUGAUGCAAACGGGCCGCGCCGUGGACCGAGAGUUGACGCGACGCAUAGAAAGUGCCGGGAAACGUUUGAAACGCGUGGACCGUGAUUCGACAUGAUGGACAGCAAGUGCCGGGAAACGUGUCGAAUGAUGCCGUCAAUAUCGCGAGACGUGUGGAUGCCCGGAGUGUACAGAGACGCAGGCGAGAGGUUGGCUAUGCGGAUACUGCAAUUGACAAGACGCGUGACGAGAGACGGCCAUGACCGGUUGCGACCGUCGAUCGCGCUCGCCCGCGUGGUACUCGGGCUGGACAGGCCCUCGUGCGCUCGUCGCCCUCAUACUGUCCAUGGCUUUGGACUGCGAAGCAAGGCAUGGGGCACUGAUCACGACCAUGGCGAUCAAGAUCCUACGAACGGCAUGAUUGAGAAAGUGCACAAAAGAAACGGACAUGCACAGGACUGUCGCCUGCACGAGAGAGCUCGAAGCUGCGAGCUGUCGCGUCCCGCCAUCCAUUCUCUACCGUCUCGCGACCGGUUGGUGAUCACGCCUGACCAUCGCCGUUCGGUUGCAAGCUGGCCUAUUCUGGCGCACUCCGAGCGAUAUGCGAACAACAGAAGGCUGCGACGGUCUACUCGCAGGCCGCAGAGGCCGACCGUUACAUGCCGCGGAUGGUGGGUCGAUAUAGGGGAGCGUCUCGCAUUUGGCAUGUGGUACAGAGCGCAACGUGUUCGAUAUCGACCGAGCUUGAUCCAUCAGAAGGUGCCACUUGACAUGGGUGCCUGGGCUUGAGCCUGACUCGGAGGAAGAUGUCGAUUCUUGCACUUGGCCACUUUUGGAUGAAAAAUGAGGCCUGAGGCGACGCGCGGUGAGAGAUGAAAGUGGGAAUGCGUACCGUCAAAGUGGCGCCUCGGACGCGCCUUGGACGCGCAUGCGUGACUUUGCCAACGCAAACGGUGGCAGUCGACGCGACUUGGACGCGGAGAUGUUUGUGAGCGGCUAUCGCCGUUUCGUUCCUGCUCAAAGGCCAGUCUUAGAAUUCACGGUUAGGUGAGUCGCCCUUGAGCAGUCUAGACAAAAC